AUGGUGUCAACGUCCGCCGCUGUGGCUCUCGUGGUGCUGCUGGCGAGUGCAUUGCUGAUGCUAGGCGAGCGCAUGAACUUACCUCCUCUCCGUGAGCUGCAGCGUCAGUGGGCGACCAGCAGUGACUACGACCUGACGGAUCUUUCGACCCCCGUGCUCUAUGGAAAGCCCCUUCAGGCACUCGCGUAUAUCUCUCGUCUCCCUGUCCUUGGAAGAAUUCUGUGCAAUUAUUUGGCCAAAGAAAACGAUAUUUUGGAAGUUCGGAAAUUUGCCGCAUCUAUCCCGGAUUUGCCACUGUAUUACCCAUACUUAGAGCCGGGUGCCACUGAUGUGAGGCCACUGAUUGAAGGGGAUGAGCCGCCAUCGCUGGAAGAAUUCAGUAAGAAGGGGGCACGGGGUACGAGCGAAGACGUUUCGUUCAAGCACUGGACCGUCGCCGACUACACGUCACGCUAUACAUUAAGUGAAGUGACUCCUGUGCAGGUGGUGAAAGCUGUACUGAGUGCAGUUAAAGAGAACGAAGAUAGUGAGCACCCGCUUAAUUUAUUCGUGGAGGAAUACGACGACGACGUUUUAGCGCAAGCAAAAGCUUCGGCUCAACGCUAUGCUCGUGGACAGCCGCUAGGUGUGCUGGAUGGAGUGCCAGUAGUUAUCAAGGAUGAAUUGUAUGCUAAGGGCCACCGUAAGUUUAAGGGCACGUCUUUUAUGGGAAAUGAAGAGGGACGCGCGACGGAAGAUGACCUACCCGUGGCGAGGCUUCGUGCGGCUGGAGCUAUCAUUGUUGGGACUACAAACAUGCACGAGCUUGGAUCUGGCGUCACGGGAUACAACAUGCACCACGGCACCGUGCGUAACCCGUAUGACCCAAACUGCUAUACUGGUGGAUCUUCUAGUGGUUCCGCUGCAGCGGUAGCAUCUGGGCUUGUGCCGCUGGCGGUUGGUGUCGAUGGAGGCGGUUCGAUUCGCAUCCCGUCUUCGUUGUGCGGCGUUGUUGGUAUCAAACCUACGUUCGAGCGCGUUCCUCUAGCGGCAUCAGGCUGUCCAUCGGUUGCGCAUGUUGGCCCUAUCGCAGGCUCUGUUCGUGAUGCUGCUAUAGGCUAUGCUAUCAUGAGUGGCGGAAAUGAAACUAUCUUCCUUCGUGGCAUAACACAACCACCUGUAGAACUGCAUUCAUUUGAGAAUACGUCGUCGCUCAAAGGUGUUCGCAUCGGAUACUUCCGCGAUUACACGAAUCACUCAUCAUUGGAAAUUGCCGAGGCUGUCAACAAGGCUCUUGACGCCCUCAAAGACCGUGGAGCUACGCUAGUGGAGACGCCACUCUAUCACCUGACACCCAUUAAUGUUGCACACAGUAUCACAAUAAUGACCGAAUUUGCACAAAAUCUGGACAUGUAUUACGAGCGCCUCGGCGAGUUGUCCCCAGAAGUUCAGCUCAUUAUAUCAUUUGGCCGAAGCCUCACAGGCAUGGACUUCCUCGCAGCUCAGCGUGUUCGCGCGUUCGCACUACGCCAAUUUCAGGAUAACGUGCUGAGUAAAGUGGAUGUAUUCGUGACGCCUUCGACUGGCGUGACGGCGCCUGAGAUCCCAAUCGAGGUGUUUGCAGCUGGUGAGCUCAACGGGCAGCAGCUUGGAGAUAUGUUUCGCUUUAGCUUAUAUGGCAAUCUCAUCGGCGUGCCAGGAGUGGCUGUCCCCAUCGGCUACGACUGUCGUGGUCUGCCCAUUUCCAUCCAGUUCCAGGCGGGCCAUUGGCAGGAAGACAUAAUGCUACGUCUUGCCCACGCCACAGAAGAGCUAUAUGCUUCGAUUCAGAAAAAACCGCAAAUCUACUUUUCCAUCCUUGAUGAUGCAGCUGAGCAGUCCGACAAUUAG